AUGGACACUUCAAGUGACCAACCAACCAUCAUGACCCCAGCAUGCAAUACAGUUGAAUGGUAUCGACCAACCCUAGACCAGCUCCCUGCACCAACAGUGGAACUGUUCCUACAAUACACAGGCUUGAAAUCCGAAAACGAAGUCAAAGACCAUAUAUACAAAAUCCGCGACAAAGCAUGGCAGAUCAUAAGCCUCUCCCCAAUCUACACACAGGUAGUAGACCGCGUACGCAAGGGGCAGACCUUACUAGAUCUAGGCUGCUGUUUCGGGCAAGACCUACGCAAGCUGGCAUUUGAUGCAGAGCUGUCUUCAGCCACGAACCUGAUCGGGGCAGAUAUCGAGGGUGAUUUUGUUCAACUGGGGUAUGAAUUAUUCCGAGAUGAAGAUUCCUUCGGGGCGCAAUUUGUGACUAGGAGCGUCUUUGACGAGGACUUCUUGGUUGAUCGACGUGGGUCUAUUGAUAUGAUUUACUUGGGGAACUUUUUGCAUCUGUUUGGCUUUAAGGAGCAGCGGGCUAUUGUUGCUCGCCUUGGGAGGCUUCUUGUUCCUAGGGCUGGUUCUGUGGUUUUUGGACGCAAUAUUAGUGCGGAGCAAGGAGGGCCGUUCUUUAUGGAGAGUCUUGGAUGGGAUAUGUAUCGGCAUAGUGAUCAGACGAUUAAAGAGCUUUGGAGCACUGUGGAUGUUGGGUUGUGGGAGGUGCAUAGUCAAUUAUCCGGGUAUGAAACCGCGACAACUCUGGGGGAGAGGUCUGGGGAUUGGCAGGGUGGUGAUACUAAACAGAUGUCAUUCUGGGUUGUUAGGACUGAUGGUUGA